AUGGAGACGGCAGGCAAAGUAAGUGCAUGGAUCUUUCCAACUUACAUAUUUCAAUAUUGGUAUUAAUUUGUGUGUCAGUUAGCAAAUUCAACGUAUAUGUUUAUAUUUCCCAAAUGUGGCAUUUCCUUUUCAGAAAACAAGUUUUUGGUCCCAUGACACAGAACAUGUAUUCAUAAACCACUGAACCUUCAAUCUUGAGCCUUUUAACGAUAUGUUCUGCCUCAGACAUAGCAACUCUGAAAGAUUGUGUUUUUACAAUUCUCAACGAAUAUUAUGCUGAAUAUGUAAAUAAAGAAAGAUUGGACCAAGGGCUAACCAUGGAUUGCCUGGUUUUGUUAUUUUUUUUUUUUUUAUUCUUUAUUUUAUUUGUGCAUGAGUUAACAACAUGCGAGCAGAGCCACAACAGCAUCUGCAGGUGUUUUCAUGGCAUCACAGAGUGUGGCAAUGUAAACAGCACAUUUUUUAUAUAUAACAGAAAGAUCACAGGCUAUGAGACUUUAGCAGUUGGUAGUAGACAUGCUAGGUCAGAUAUCCAUAUAACGUAGUUAUUCACACUUAAGCUGAUGGUUUUUGUGUAGGUGACUUGUUGUGAAACAAUAAUGUGAACACACUUUUAACGAAAGACAAUCAAGCUUGAGUCAUAUAGCAAGUAUUAGUUAGGCAUGAGACGGUAGCUUUAAAACAUGAAUUGCACUCUGUUUGCAUAAUUGACUAGGGCAGUCGUUGGUCUAUGUAUUAUUGAGAGAUAUACAUACAGUCUCGUGUAGCAGCCUCAAGUCAUAGCUGUCAGUGCACAACUAGGUCAGUGUUACAGUCAUACAGGUUCUCACUUGGUUAAGUACGUUGGGCAUCAUAAGAUAUGCUGCUGUGUGGAUGCGGUCUGCUGGUUUGUGCGUUGCUUGUGGGGCAGUGAUGUCUAUGUGAGUGUGUGCUUGUAAGUGCAGUGUAAACUACAUGUAUAUAGGUUUACCACAUAAAACAGAAUGCUAGAUAAUUUGUUCGUGUGACUUAAGUAGGUCGCUAUAAGAGUUCUGGACCCCUGGUGUAUCGGAGAGGUUACCCGUGUUUUCUCCGUGGGGAAGGCUGGCUUCAGGGUGAUCCCGAGCCCACACAGACAGGGGGGUGGAGUACCAAUACCUGCUCUGCUAGUACUGCGUAGCAGGGAACGAUCGUCCGUCAGAGCAAGUAUCCAGGCAUAGUCCAUGCUGUUCUGUGGGGUCCUCGCUGGGUUCUCUUGGAUGGCAGCCGCCUGUUGUGAAACUUGCUUCUGUCGGUCUUCUGGGGGGCUGGUGUCAGGCCUGACUGGUAACUCUGUUUUGGUCGCCUGAGUUUGUCGUUGUUUGGGUCGCGGUGAUGCGAGCUGGGUGGCAGGUGAAUGUGAGGUGGGUCCUCGUGCGGAGGUAGCUCGCUUUGUUGCAGGCUUUGCUUUCCCGGGCGGGAGUGGUAGUGGCGCAACGUCCCUUCCCCCUAGUGCGGUCGCCAUUAUCCGCUGGCUGGGGUCGCUUGUACCACUCGACUUCGGCAUGUGUGGGUGCGGGGGUAGGUGGUGGUUAGUCCGCCCCUCUCUGUUGCAGGGUUGGGGUGUUGGAGCCCCGUUGUCUGCCGCAAGCUCGAAGAUGGUGCAGGUCUUCUUCCUGCCUCCCGCGCACAUGGCUCCCGCCAUCUUGGAGGCUGCUCUCGGGUCCCCCGGCUCCAUUUGUGUUCUCUUGAGUAGGGCCACAGGGUGAGGACCGGGAUCACCCCCACCGGACCGAGGGGGGAGGGGAACGGGUCCGGAUCCACCUGGAUUUGUGCCUCAAGCUGGGUACUGUGGUGCAGGAUAGUGGGGCAGCGGCCGUCCGCCCCACUCACCGCCGGAGAAGGCCCUGCUUGUGGAAGUAAGGCUAUCUCCUCCCGGGGACUGAAGCUCAAUGAGCCAGCCUCUCCCAAGGUCCAGCAGUCCCUGUGCUCUGGGUACUGUCACUGGUGGUCGGUUUGACUGUGAUUAGAUAUGGUUUUUCAGCUAAAUUGUGAUUGUUUUGCAGGAGCUGCUCUUGUUUGCGACCAGCCAGCUCGGUGGUCCGGCCCCGCCCCCUGGUUUUGUUAUUUUAUGACUAAUCUGCUUGAGAUAAAUUUUAACCUAUCUAAAGGUAAGUACGUCACCCCAUAAAAAGGGGAGACAAGACUGAUAUAAAGUGUGUACAAGAUAAUUACUAGAGUGCCGAACAUUGCAUUUUUUGGACCCCAAACAUGGAAAUAUCACUGUAUGUUCAGGUUGGAGUUCGGAGUUCAGCGAUUUAAUGACGCGUUUUGAAAGGCUGCAGGGCAGCCAAUCAACAAGCGUUUGACUCAUGUGCCUUUAGAAGCCAUCACAGCCAUGCCUACUAAUGGCAUGGCUGUGAUUGGCCAAGGGAAAAAAGUGACCCAGCCUCUAUAGAAGCUGGUCACUUAGUAUUAGUAAAUUAUGCCCCUACUCGCUAUACCGCAAGUAGUAGGGCCGGACAGGCCCACCAGGAUACCGGGAAAUUUCCCGGUGAGCCACGGCACCUGGGGCUGGGCUGACAGCCCUAAUCAGUGAUCAGGCUCCUGUAAUCCCGGUCGACUAUGUGUGAGCUGUGCGGCUGCACAGGGCCCCAUGGGAGCGGGGGGAGCCAGACGGCCGGCACAGCUCACACAUGGCCGGCCGCAAUCAUAAACAAAAAAAAUCUUGCAGCAGGGGCGGGGUUUAGCUGCGGUGGGGGCGGAACUUGCUGUGCGGCAGGGGCCCUGGUAACUGCAGAAUGGGAAGCAGGAAGGAGUCCCUGCUUCCCCAACAACCAGCUUCCAGGAGCACAAGGGGAUGUGGAGGUAAGAAGCAGGUCAGUGUGUGUGUGUGACUGUCUGCCUGUGUGUGUGUGUGUGUGUGACUGUCUGCCGGUGUGUGUGACUGUCUGCCUGUGUGUAUGUGUGACUGUCUGCCUGUGUGUGUGUUUGUGUGUGUGUGACUGUCUGCCGGUGUGUGUGUGACUAUCUGCCAGUGUGUGACUGUGUGUUUGACUGUCUGCCUGUGUGUGUGACUGCCUGUGUGUUUGACUGUGUGACUGUCUGCCUGUGUGUGUGACUGUGUGACUGUCUGCUUGUGUGUGUGACUGUCUGCCUGUGUGUUUGUGGCUGUGGGGCUGUCUGCCUGUCUCUAUAUGUGUGGAUGUCUGCCUUGGUGUCAGUAACUGUCUGCCUCUGUGUGUGUGGAUGUCUUUGUGUGUGUGCAUCUGUUAGUGAGUGAGCGAGCUUGUGUGUGUGUGUGUGUGUGUGUGCGCGCACAUCUGCUAGUGAGGGAGCUUCUGUGUGUGUGCACCUGCUAGUGAGUUUGUGUGUGUGUGUGUGUGUGUGCCUGCUAGUAAGUGAGCUUGUAUGUGUGUCAGUGAACUUGUCUGUAGGGAUCAUGUGUGUGUGUGCAUGUGUUAGUGAGCUUGUCUGUAGGGAGCAUGGGUGUGUCUGAGCCUGUCUGUGUUGAGGAUGUGUGUGAUCGCGAGCUUGUCUGUAGUGACCAUAUGUGUGUCAGUGAGCUUGUCUGUAGUGAGCAUUUGUGUGUCAGUGAGCUUGUCUGUAGUGAUUCUGUGUGUUAGUGAGCUCUUCUGUAGGGAACAUGUGUGUGUCAAUGGGCUUGUCUGUAGGGAGAGUGUGUGUGCAUCAGUGAGCUUGUCUGUAGUAAGCUUGUGUGUGUAUCAGAGUUUUGUCUGUACUAAAUUUGUGUGUGUGCGCGUCAUUGAGAUUGUCUGUCAAUGAGCCUAUUUGUGUGCAUCAGUAAGAUUGUCUGUGUCUUUAUGUGAGUAUGCUUUACUGUAUAAUUUAAAUUACCCUAAAAGGACUAAUAUUUUGAAUUAGAAGAAGAAAUGUAUUAAUAAUAUAUAUAUUUAUAAAUAUAAAUAAUACACCCUACAUAGCACAAUGACUUAUGGGGCUGGCAUAGAUUUUUUCCCAGGGCUGCUUCGUAUCCCCAGUCCGGCCCUGGUGAGUAGGGGUGUGUCUAUAAAACAGUGAGCAGCCUGUGGCUGCUCACUGUUAAAAAAAAAAAAAAAAAAAAUUAAAAAAAAUUCCCCCUCCCGAGCCCCCACCCGCGACUCGUGAGUGGGGGCUUUUAAACUAAAAGGGGGCCUAUUGCCCCCCUGGCCCCCACCUCUGAGCAGCGGGUGGGGGCCCUAAAUACCAAUAAGGAAGGGGACAUAUUGUCCCCACCCCUGAGCGGUGGGUGGGGGCACUAAAUAACAAUACUGUCCUCCCCACUGGCCCCCACCCCUGUGCGGUGGGUGGGGCCCCUGAAUAACAAUAAGAGGGGGGACCUACUUUCCUUCCCCCCCGGCCGCAACCCCUGAGCGGUGGGUGGGGGCUAUAAAUAAAAAUUGGGGGCCCAUAAAUAAAAAUUGGGGGGGACCUAAUGUCCUCCCCCCGGCCCCCACCCCUGCGCGGUAGUGGGGGCCCUACAUAACAAUAAGGGGCGGUCCUAAUGUCCUCCCCCCGGCCCCCACCCCAGUGCGGUGGGUGUGAGCCCUAAAUAAACCCCCCCAGGUGACUAGGGGUCCCCAAACCCCUAGUCACCCCCUCCCCUCCAAAAAAUUACCCCUACCUACGCCCCUCAUCCUAAAAAUAAUGAGGGGGGACCCUUGUCUAAAUACCUGUAAAAAAAAAAAAAAAAUGACUUUCCAUUUGAUGUCUUCUUUCUUCUAAAAUCUCUUUUUUCAGCCCCAAAAAAGGCCAAUUAAAAUCCAGAAUAACCGACGCAUUUAAAAAAAAAAAAAACCUUCUUCAGCCAUGGAGGGUUCCGCGCAGACAGGGGGAAGGCUUAUAAAGCCUUGCCGUGCCCUGCAAUUAGGCUCAGAGUACUCUGAUUGGUGGGUUUAAGCCAUCCAAUCAGAGUGCUCUGACAGGUAAAUAGGUAAGUCACUACAUUUACCUGUCACAGCACUGAUUGGUUGGUUUGAAAUCCACCAAUGAGAGUGCUCUGUGUCAGUUUACACAGCGUGGGAAAAUUCCAAAGAACUUUCCCACGCUGUGUAAAAUGACACAGAGCACUCUGAUUGGCUGGAUUUCAAGCUAACAAAUCAGAGUGCUCUGUGUCAUUUUACACAGCGUGGGAAAGUUCUUUGAAUUCUUUGAUAGAUAGAGAUAGAUUUUAUGUCAUAAACCAUAAAAUAAAUAUUAAAAUCAUAAUGUAUUAUGUUUUAUUGAUAGGUUAUCAAAUGCAAGGCAGCUGUUACCUGGCAGGCACAUGAACCAUUUUCGAUUGAGGAGGUGGAAGUGGCUCCACCAAAAGGCCAUGAAAUCCGAAUUAAGGUAAAGAUAUUAUGUUUUCACAAAUUUGUACAAUUCUAUAAAUUAUUAUGUAAUUGAUAUGCACUUUGUUGUGUUAACUGUAUCACUCUUUUACUGACAAAGAUAUCAUUUAUGACAAAGCGUCUCAACAUCUCAUUUACAGUAUGAUAAUAUAUAGAGGUUUGUGCUGUCAGUAAUUUAUAACCCUACUUUCCUACCUAAGACCACACUAGGAACGUGUUCCUAUAUGUUUAUUCACUAAACAGUGAAUUUAAGUGAAUUGAAGGGGGAGGGGUUGAGGAAUAUGGGUACUUAAUUUUGAGCUUCUUCCAACUCCAACACUGCUUACGUUAUUAUCGAGAGCAAACAUCCAUUAUGGGAAGAACUGGUCAGCGCUCCACCUGGCGUGAAUUGAGAGUCUCUAAUAAAGGCACGGCCGACCAAACGAAAUCCCCAGUUUUACAAGUUUCUCUCAGAACAGACCUUCAGAUGAUUCAUGACAAUCUACAAAGGCUUCAUGACAACCUACAAGUAUCUUUUAUGUAGGUAGGCCACCUUCAAGUAUCUUGUAUGUAGGUAGACUAUAAGAACCUUCUGACUGCCCAGGCAGUAAAUACUGACACCGUGGAGUUUCAGACCAUAGAACUCGGAAACCUAGCUCUUCACCUGGAGGUCUAUUAGACAAUAGAGUCUGUCACUAGAAAUUGUGACUGACAGGCCUGUCUGAAGAGUGCUGGGAAUAGCUCUGUGGCAUAUCUAUUGAGAUCUUAAUUUAGCAAUCUACAGUGAGACCAGGACACCUACCAUAAAUUUUAUUUAACCCCUUAAGGACCAAACUUCUGGAAUAAAAGGGAAUCAUGACAUGUCACACAUGUCAUGUGUCCUUAAGAGGUUAAACACAUAGGGUGCUGUAGACCUUCCCAAUAUUCCCUUGUUAGGCAUCUUUUGUUCUAUGAGUGGCCAGGGAAGCUCACAAGCUGAUGUGUGAUAACUGCCCAUUACAGCGGUCACCUGCCAUCCUGGACUAUUGAAGAGCAUUGAAACCACUUACCUGCACUCUCACCACGCAGAGAAUCCAUUAUAGUUGGAUGUUCCAGAUAAGUAUAGGGUCUUCACACACAAGGGACCCAUGCCUAACAGGAUAUGUUAUACAAGUUCUGUUGUUCCUACUUGGGUGUGGGUUCAUGGGGAGAGACCAAAACCUGGACAUCUCCUUUGCUGUUAUUUAAUGUUUUAUGGCCUCCUCUCACCCGGUGGGACAUGUACUUGCACUAUUACAGCUUCCCUCACGCCUUGCACCUUCCAAAGAUAGUAGAUCAUGGCAACCACUUAUAGUUAACCUAGAUGUUCUGCAUUAUAUGGUUAUUAUUGAUGUGGCUGUGGAUGGGACACAUUGGGAGAGGGGCUUGUGUUUUAGGAUUCUUCUUGAUUUUCUUUGGCAUCAAGACUCUUCUGGCUUCACCAUCUCUAUGCCUCUAUAGACGUAAAUCAAUUUUCCUUUAUUCUUUUCUUUUUUUUAUUAUCAUUAUUGUGUACCAUUUACUGUGUACAAAUGUUUUUUAGCCAAAAUCCUUUAGGCCUUGCUUCCCAUUGAGGCAGUAGUUUAUUAAGAUUGUAUUUACAAUUGGCAUUCUACAAUCUUUGUUUCUUUUGGGGGCCGUUAAAUUGGGGGGGGUGAUGGGGGAGUGGCUUGAGGUGGUCCUGUGUGUCAAAGUUUGUUUGAAUUUUUUGAUAUCAGAUCUACCCUGUGCUCCCAGAAUUUAAUACAAAUACUGCACUACAUUUGGAGACAACAUUUGGAGUAUAAAACAAAACAUAUAAAAAGUAGAGAAAUUAACAAUUAGGUGAGAGUUCUCACACCAAAAUUUAAGCUCUACUUAUACAGCCAGAAGAUGGCGCUCGUUGUUCAUCAAUUCAGAUCAGUAACGAAAAAAAAAAAAAUAUCUAAUAGUGCAGCUCUCAUAAUGGCUGCAGUAAUAAAUGAAUAAAAUAAAAAAUAAAAAGAACUUUUGAAAUAAAAAAAUAUGAGUGUCAAAUAGCUGAAAUAAACAAAAAUAGCACCGUGGAGUGCCAAAUAUUAAACACUACAAAAGGUUUUUAGCUGUGAAACAAGACUGAAUGCACACAAUGAAUUAUGCAAAUAGACUGUUUGCAUUAGAGACCAAUCAGCAAAUGUUUGUUAAUGAAUAAGGAUUGCAAUAUGCAAAUUAAGUACUUUGAGACUCCACCAAUGGAAAGGUCUAAGAGACAGCAAGGUUUGCCUAUAUAAACCAGUUUCCAAGCACUUUAUGUUAUGAGGAAGUUGGGCUAUACUGGAGAAACGUGCAGAUGUUACACUUAGUGGGAGGAGCUUGUAAAGCUGUGAGUUGAUCAGCAUUUACUGUCUUUGGGAUACUGCCUUUAACCAACUUCAAGGAUCAAGUGAGGACUGGUAUUACACUACUGAUUUUUCACUGCCUGUAUCUCCCACCCCUCAAUUUUUUCUUACGAUUAAGUAUCUACUUACUAUUGGGGGUAGUAUAUCUACCUUCCCAAAUCUUCGUUUCCCCCCUCUAUGGUACUACCGCUUUAGUGAUAUAGACUUUCUGAUAUUUACAGGAUAUUUACACAUUUCCAUUUAUAUCCUGUUUAGUCUAUUUGAUCUGUUUUUACACACCACAAUCUCAGGUUUAAUUUUAGACUACCCUAUAUUUUACUCCCUCAUUUUUUUCCUGUGAAACACAGUCAAUUCUGUGUAUUACCCAUCCGGGAUAAUAAUAAGUUACUUUUGUAACACAUUGGCUCUAAUUACUACAUAUAAGUUGCUACUUUUGUAGCUAGUACUUUUACAGCCAGUGGAGUUUACAGUGGUAGCGUUUAUAUUUAUGGUAUAAUCUCAGCAGUCUUAUUUUUUUUUUAAAUUCUUUAUUUUAUUUGUGCGCACAUGAACACAUCCGUAUGCAUUGCCACAACAACAAUUCAGGCUUAACAUCACAUACCCCGAAAUGGCAGUCAAUAGAGCACAUUUUGUAUACAUAAGACAUAAUAACAUGAGAGCUCAGCAGUCUUUUAAAUUCCACUUUGAUCACUGACUUUGCACGUUUCAUUUCUUAUGUAUGUAUUUUUGAUUAAUAUAGUUUAUUAUCUUAUAUUGAUUUUUACUUAGGAGGUUAUUUUAGUGAGGUAGGUUGGCUCCCUUAGUUUGGAGCUAAUAAUGCUCACUAUUCAUUUUUCAUUAUUCAAUCCCUAGGGUUAUGCCCUUUAUUACCUCUGUAACCCUCAUCUAACCCCUUGUUUAGGUUCUUCUAUCCAGGGGUAUUUUUCUCAUGUAAUUUAAAAAUAUAUAUUUUAAUAACAAAUGAAUUGUGGAUAAAUACCACAAGUACAAAUAUAGGACAAUAAAUGUCAAAAAAUGGUACAGUCCAACAAAAUGAGGGAGGAGCUAAAAGCAAAAACAAGUAUAAUACCCCAAACUUUGUAAAUGUAAUAUGUGUGUAUAUAUACAUAUAUAUAUAUAUAUAUAUAUAUAUAUAUAUAUAUAUAUAUAUAUAUAUAUAUACACACACACAUAUAUAUAUAUAUAUAUAUAUAUAUAUAUAUAUUUAUUGUGAUAAAGUGAAGGCAGAUAGGCCUUUUAACCCCAGGGGAAGUACGUGUAGUUUGUGUAUUGCACAACGCAAAUCUUUGUUUAGUUAUGGGCCCCUGGGGUGGAGCAUUUGGAGAGAAGGGUGGGUCAAUGCUCCACUCCACAGUUUAGUGGUUUUCUGGGGAGACAUAGAUCCAGGCCAGGGUUUUUUGGACCGUCUCCAACCCACUGCUCAGCUGCAGUUAAUGAGCUGUUGCAGUGGGAAUAAACCCCUCCCUGCUAGGCAGGUGAAGCAGAGGGAUUGAGGCUGUUCUCUCCAUAUAGAGAGUCAAGGAGACUAGGCACUGGGAGUGCAGAAAGGAAGCAGUCAAGGCUGGCUUGGAGCACUGGGAGUGCAGAAAGGAAAGCAGUCAGGGCAAGGCUGGCUUGGAGCACUGGGAGUGCAGAAAGGAAAGCAACAGGCUAGCUAGCAGAGUGUUGCUAUCUAAUAAGGUUGGUGCAAUAUUGUUUUGUUUAGUUUAACCCUGAGAGAUAGGGAACCUAAUGUCAGUUAGUGCUCAGACGAGCUAGGUUUUUGUUUAUAGGGUUUUCUGUUAGAUUUAUGUUUUCAUUUACUGCUGUAUACUGUGUGGAUUUACAAAUAAAGUGCCUGGAGUAUAUGCAAUUACAAGGACUGUGCAUGGUUUUUGCCCUAGAGGACCGUGCUACCUGCUGACAAGGAUCACAAUAAAAAAAAAAAAAAAUAUAUAUAUAUAUAUAUAUAUAUUAGAAAAUGACCAGGACCAGGCUAGAGCUCUCUCCUUCCAGGAAGAUAUCAUACCCUCUGUCUUUGUCUCUUUAGCUACUGCCUUUACAAAGUCACUUGUAGCUCUUUUUCAGUUUGUCGUGGGAAUCCUGGAACAAAGCAGCCAGCCCACAGGUCUGAAAACUCUGUUAUUGGGAUACCUGAAUAUCCACACAGGACACACAACUGUAACGGCUAACACCCGAUGCGCUUUUUUUUUUUUUUUUUUCUAAUGGACUAGCCCCUAUCUGCAUUACGUUUAACUUAUGGUGAUACCCUCAAUACAAAACAAAUAACCAAAUCAUAUGGGGAAACAUACAUAAACUGAUAAUAACACAAUAACAUUGAUAAAAGGAUGGGGAAGACUAUGACAAACAAGAAAUAUGUCCACUGCCUGCAGAAACCAUAACAUGCAAAUAUACCUGAAUAUGCAAAUGAUCAAGUCUGGCUAUUUAGAUACUGUACAUAACAGUUGCAAUAUCUUCACAACCAACAGAUGGCACUGUAUAGGCUCCACAGCCAAAUCUACCUAGUUGUUAGAGAGCGUCAGCAAAACAGGAGACCACACAAGGAAAAAAACUAAACAAAUAACAUUAAUACACACACUUCACCUAUAAUGGGCACAACUUUGACUUAAACAUAAGUCAUCCAGGGACCUACAUGAAGUGUCUUUCUCAUGCUCAUAGUGAUGGUGACUACCAUCACAGGCUCCCUAUUUGAUACUAUAAAAAUCUUUGCAGACACGUUGUUUACCAUUUUGUUAAUGCAUUUAAUUCAAUUUGAUAGGCUAUCCCCAAUGAAAUACUAGCCGCUAACAAAAUUCCAAAUGACAGCCACUAUUACUGUAAUUAUAAUGAGUGACUUCAUCCAAAUAGUCAAUUUUCCCAAUUUAGCCAAGAGAUGGUGUAAUUGUACCAUUAUUAUUUUGAUCAUUAAUUCCAUCUCUUAAGAAGUUCAAUAAUUUUGAGGACGAAAAUGGAAGUCAAAUUGCUACUCCAUCAUGUAGAUAACGUCACAUCAAAGGUUUUAUUCCAGCACUUACUAGACAUUGAAUUUAUUGAUCAUAAGGUCGGUAUAUCAUUUACACAUUAGGUUAUAUGUUGUCUGGAUGUAGUUACACUGACUAUAUAUUUUAAAAUAUAGAUAUAUCUGUAUUAGUAAUAAUAAUGUCUUUAACACAGACAUAUAUAUUUAAUAUAUAAACAUAUAGUGUUAGAAUUAUAUAAUAAUAAAAAAAAAACAAAAAAAAACUAUUUGGAUUCUAUCCAUGAUUAAAUAAUAAUAAAAACAUAUUAAAGAGGAGUAAUAUCUUAUGUAUAUAAUCAAGAUUGUAAUUAUAUAUUACUCAACAACCCCCUUCUUUCUAAUACUUUGGUUUGAAGUGAAAUAACAAUACCUUGUAACAAGACACCUUAUUUUACAUUUGUGUAAAUGUUUAUACAAACUUAAAUCCCACAGUUUACGAUCACUGAAUGAAUAGAGUAAAAAAAAUAUGUCUGUUUUUUAUAUUCUGAUAGAAAACAAUAUGAAAUCACAAUCUAAACUGUGUAUUUGCAUUAUAGCAUGUAUUUUAACCACAAAAUAGCACCCAAAGGCACCCUCCUUCACAUAUUGUGGGCAUGCCCCCUUAUACACCCGUUUUGGUGUAAAGUUCAUAACAUAAUAAAAAAAUUCUCUGAUAAUCCUUCACUUUCUUUGCCUGCCACCAAAUUACAUCACACAACUUCCAAAAUCCACAAUGGUACAGAUCCUAAACAUAGCCAAGGGGCUUAUUCCUCUUUUUGGAAACCCCCCACCCCCACCUGUGAGCUUAUGGCUUGAAUGUAUGGAGACUUACCUGACAAUCUGGACUCAGUGGAUCUUAUCCAUGAUCCUAACAGAUUUCCAAACUGUGCUGUUUUCAAGAACGGUUCUUACCUACUGUCUCUGGAGCUCUGUACUGCACACAAAUUCUAGGAGUCCAGGUAAAAAAGACAUACUAUUAGACUUCUAGACUAAGAGGGUGAUUCUUUUCUAUUCAAUUUAAAGUGUCACCCCGUACAGCAAGCUCACCCCUACAUACAUAUCCAGUACAGCUAACACACAUACACUUCACACAGCCAGAACACACACUCCUAUUUCCAGGGCUGGAUUUCCCACUAGACCAGUGAUGGCGAACCUUUUUGAGCCCGAGUGCCCAAACCGCAAUACAUGCCAACAUUUUUUCUCUUUAAAGUGCCAACACGGCGAUUAAACCCAAAUACUGAGGUUUAAGUUUAGAAAAAAACAACUUGUACUGUUGUCCGAACUAAUAACUUUUGUUUUAAAAGAACACAGAGAGUUCAAUGAUACAAAUUUUAAAUAAUGAUAUAAAUAGAUAAAAUUAAGCUUAUUGUCCUCACCCCCCUGGCCCCAACUCAUGAGCGGUGGCAGGGGACCCUAAAUUAGAGUAAGGGGGGACCUAUUGUCCUCUCCCCGGCACCCACCCCUAAGUGGUGGGUGGAGGCCAUAAAUACCAAUAAGGGGGGACCUAUUGUCCUCCCCCAGCCCCCACCCCUGAGCGGUGGGUGGGGGCCCUUAAUACCAAUAAGGGUAAGUUGUCCUCCCCCUGGCCCCCACCCCUGAGCGGUGGGUAGGGGCCCUAAAUUAGAAUAAUGGGGGGACCUAUUGUCCUGGCCCCCACCCCUGAGCGGCGGGUGGGGCCCUAAAUAAAAAUUGUAAUCCCCCCAGGUGACUAGGGGUCCCAAACCCCUAGUCAUCCCCCUCCCAAAAAAAUUAAUGAACCCCUACCUACCCCCCUCACCCUAAAAAUAGUAAGGGGGAACCAAUAACUAGGUACCUGUGAAAAAAAUAAACAAAACUUACCAUUUGAUGUCUUUUUUCUAAAAUCUUUUUUCAGCCCCCAAAAAGGGCAAAUAAAAAUCCAUAGUAGAGAGCAAAAGAGAAUAUUGAGAACAGGAAGCAGCUAAAAUAACCUGCCCUUCGGUGGGUCCCCAUUUAGUUCUCAAGCUGGUUUUAGCUCAUCUUGUGUCAUUACAGAGAGAACAUCUCUGAAACAUAUCAGACUGUUCCCACCCAUACAGGCAGUCCAGAUCCGAAAUGCCAGCAAGUUCCCUCUGCACAAGAGAUACGGCAACUUCAGACGAUUGUUUCAGCCUUGUUAGGCAUCAUCAGUGAGGCAUAGCUGACAUCUCUUUAGGCACCAUGUGCAAGGGGUCCAUGUCUGGAAUACCCUUUAAACUUAUGAAGAGCAAAAAACGGGGCGCAAGAGAAUACUGAGAAGAGGCAGCAGCUAAAAUAGCCUGCCCUUCGGUGGGUCCCCACUCAGUUCUCAAGCUGAGGGUGAUGUGAGCAACCUAUCCAAAUUUCAUGAGAAUCAGUUUGGUAGUUUUGGAGUUAUACCGUGUGGAAGUUUAAAAGGCUCGCCACGCGUUUGUAGCCGACCCAGAGUUCCAUGAAAUCAGUGGUGUGAGCCGGUCUCCGUUCAGAUGAAAAUUGCACGAAAACCCCCAUAGAUAUAAUGUAGCUGGUUACCUAAGAGUGCUCCCCUCGUUCGGUAGAUUGAAACUCCCGAACGUCAUUAGUGUGCAAUUUGUGUAAAUGGGUCCGACGGGACUUCCAUGGGGUACCGGGUAUUGCUGGAGAGCCAUGCCGAAAUUAGUUCCAGGCGCUCGACGCCUAAGUCCCGCUGGCCAGCCGUUCAAGAGUUUUAUAUGGCCGCCAUCCAUUCUUCUUGCCACGUGUUCGUGUCCCGAAAUGGCGGCCACCCAGGAGCACUCAUUUAGCAUGUGGUUUCGUGCAAUAACACAGGAUUCUACAUUCUAAUUGCUACACAGGGUAUUCCUCGUUCGGUAAAAUAGCUAUUUUACCGAACAAGGGAUUUUGACGAAUAGAAAGUAACGAAUUAACUAGUAAUAAAGGUAAUAAAUCCACAAACAAAGUAGCACGGAGGGAAAGUACCGAAUGCAUUGAAGGUGAUUCUUCACAAUGGCCCCCCUUUUACUCCCUGCCCCGGCAGACGUGGCUGGACCUUUCCGGGUCCAGUAAGGCUGACGGGUCUCCAGCCAUUAGUCCGAGAGUAAGUCUAUUUGGCAGGAUAGCCCCAGCUGUUCCCCCAGCCAAACCAAAUCUAGGUCCCUCAUCUCCCUGGCAAGUCUGGCAAGGGUAAAGUCUCUGUGUCCUCCCCGGCUGGAGCACAGAUGGCAGUCACAUCCUCAGACCUUUCGUUAUACGUCUUGAGCAUGUUGAUGUGAAAGGUCCGUUUCACAUCCUCCUUCUCACAGCUCGCUACUGUAUAUGUGGUAUCACAUACCUGCCCUAUGACUUUGUACGGGCCCUGCCAGGCAGACUGGAGCUUGUCCGUGUGGACUGGCCUUAAUACCUUUUGCCCAGUUUGAAAGCUCCGGUGCCUGGCUCUCCAAUCGUACCAUACUUUCUGGUGCUGUUGAGCCGCCUGGAGGUUCUCCCUUACCGUCUGGGCCAGUUCCUCCAUGCGGUCCCUCAACCCCAGCACGUAGGGGACAAUUGGAGUACCCUCAAUCUCAGUCUGGCCUUCCCAAUGAUCCUUAAUAAGGUCUAGGGGCCCCCUCACUCGCCUUCCAUACAGUAGCUUGAAGGGUGAAAAUCCUGUGGAUUCCUGAUGCACCUCCCGGUAUGCAAAGAGAAGGUGCGGCAGGAAUCGCUCCCAGUCCCGAUAGGUCCCCGUGAACUUCUUCAACAUCUGCUUUAGCGUGCCGUUGAAGCGCUCACAGAGACCAUUGGUCUGGGGUGGUACAGGGAGCUUGUCAGGCAUUUAAUCCGCAGAUCCUCCAUAGUUGUUGGGUUAAUUCCGCAGUGAACUGCGUACCCUGGUCCGAUAAAAUCUCUUUGGGGAAUCCUACUCGAAAGAAAAUCUUGACCAAGGCAUCAGCCACCGUCUCAGCGUGGAUAUUGGGAAGGGCCACUGCCUCGGGGUAGCGUGUAGCGUAGUCCACUAUGGUAAGUAUAUAGCGCUUACCGGAGCGGCUAGGCUGAGCUAGGGUCAACCGCUACCCACAUGAAGGGCUCCUCGAUGAUGUGCAUCGGGACCAUUUUGGCCUUAGGGUUGUCUCUCUUCUUACCUACCCUCUGGCAAACCGCACAGGUCUGGCAGCAACUCCGGACAUCAUCAGAUACCCCAGGCCAGAAAAAAUUCUGAGUUACCCGGUUUAAUGUCCGGCGUAUUCCCAAGUGACCUGCUAGCGGGACAUCAUGUCCAAUCUGCAACAACUCCCGCCGGUAUUUCCUCAGGACUACCAGAUGGCAUUUUUGCUGGGGCCCAGGUGCAUUAACCCGGGUUUCUGUGAACCUAUACAGCCUGCCAUCUUCCCAUACUAACUCUUCUCAUCCUAACCCCACUUGCCCUACUCACGCCUUCUUCCUAUAUUUCCAUAGGGACGGGUAUCCCACUACUUCCCUCCCAAAAUCCUCCGGGGUAUCCCAGGGAAGGUGCUCUACCAUCAGGGGCGGGGAAAGUUGGCUUACCUGGGUCUCAGUAGGAGGUGCACGGCUCUGGGCUCUGGUGGUCACCGUUUGGGCCUCGUGGGUGGGUGUGGGUACAAAUGCUGAAGUUAAUGGUCCAAUGUCAUUCCCCGAUAUCACUUCUGUGGGUAGUUCCUUCAUGACUCCCACCUGUACGUUGCCAGCUCCAGCGCCCCAGUCCAGAUGGACCUGGGCUGUAGGAAUCCGGUAAACAGCCCCCCCUGCCACUCGCACAGCAAUAGAUUUCCCUGGUCGUUCUCCAUUAUCAAUAAGGUGCCUCUGAACCAAGGUGAUGGUGGCACCACUAUCCCCGAGUCCUCGGGCAGUCUUCCCAUUCACCAUCACCAACUGACAAUAGUGUUUCUGAUUGUCCGUGAUGGAAGACUGGACUAAGUGAGCUUCGUACAACAUGCCCAGGGGUUGCUCCCGGCUUAAUUCCUUUGUGUCCCAGGCAGAUGGCACCAGGUAAUCCAUGCAGUGAGCUGCGGCCCUGAAAUUGGAGAACCCCGGUCGAGACCAGUUGGACCUGGGUGCUUCCAGUGGGCAGUUGUUCUGAAGGUGUCCUAGUUGCUUGCAGCGGAAACAGCGGGGCUCGUUGCUAGCUGGGUGUCGUUGGAUGGGGCUGGAGGGUCUGCUGGGGGGUUGGUACCUGGUCGCUGCCGGUGGUGCUUCUGUCCGAAUGGGUUGGCUCCAAGAUGCUACACGGGUCGCCUGGCAGUUGUCUGUAAACUCAUCUGCGAGGUUGGCGGCCUCAGUUAGGGAGAUGGGUCUGCGGUCCCUUACCCAAUCUUUGACGUCCGCCUGGAUGUGGUCGUAGAAUUGUUCUAAUAGCAUGAGCUGCAGGAUGUCAUCCACAGUAGUUGCCUGGCAGCUGGUGAUCCAGUUUGACGCAGAUCAUUGUAGGCGACAGGCCCACUCCGCAUGCGAGUCCUUGUCGGUUUUGCGUGAAUCCCUGAAUUUCUUGCGGUAUGCUUCUGGGGCUAGUAGCGCCUCCUUGACCGGGACAUAACUGUGAAUCUCCUGCUCCGGUACGGCCCUGAAGGCAUCCGCUGCUUGCCUGACAGUUUUCCCAAUAAUACAGAGACCCACUCCUCUGUAGGUACUUUAUGUAGGGCACACUGGCGUUCAAAGUCUGCCAGAUAGCUGUCAAUCUCGUUGAAGCUUUUAAACGCACUGAAGGGAACCUUCGAGUCCACAGUGGUUAUCCCUCCGAUUGGUGGACUUGCCGUCAUUCGCUGGGUUUCAGCCAGCUUUAGUGCCUGCUCUGUUACGGUGUUAAUAAUAAUUUCAGCAGGUGGGUUCAGUCCAAACCAUGCCAGCCGCUCUCUGAUCUCCCUGUUGGUUUCAGAUUCCUGACCGGUCAGUACUGCUGCUGCCAAGCUCUCCCGGUCUAGCUCCAUGAGUUCAGCAAUUAUGACCCGCUUGGCCUUGUUGCUGGCAAUACAUCCACGUACCUCCAACAGUUCCUUCAGUGUGCUUCGUUUAAGCUGUGUGUACCAGCCCUCCACGCACUGUACAAUAGUGCCUUCCUUGGAUCCUUUGUGCAGGGGAAAAAAAGGAAAAUGCCACCGCUGCCAACCAGUUGUGAAGGCACAAUCCUUUACUCCGUCAAGCAUUCCCCUUCUUCCUAUAAAAUAAAAUCACCAAGUAAUCCACAAAGUAAUAAAUCGCUGGUAUAGCCGAAUAAUCCACACAUGAGCCAAGGCUUAAUGCUGGAACAAGUCUGAUGUACUGAGAAACAAGGCACACAAUUUAUACAGUACAUAACUCCUCCUCUGGGCCAGGCUAGAUAAUUGGGUUUGAGCACUUAUCAAACUCAAUUAUCUAGUGGCCAGAAAAGUUAAAAAUUUUCCACAAUUAUUAGAAACAUACAUUAUACAUAAAAUAUCAAUAUAAAAAUAUCACUGGGUAGCUAAGGGUGAUAUGAGCAACCUAUCCAAAUUUCGUGAGAAACCAUUCGGUAGUUUUGGAGUUAUACAGUGUGGAAGUUUGACCGGCUCGCCACGAGUUUGUAGCCGACCCAGAGGUCCAUGAAAUCAGUGGUGCGAGCUGGUCUCCAUUCGGAUGAAAAUUGCACGAAAACCCCCAUAGAUAUAAUGUAGAGGGUUACCUGAGAGUGCUCCCCUCGUUCGGUAGAUUGAAACUCCCGAACGCCAUUUGUGUGCAAUUCAUGUAAAUGGGUAAGAUGGGACUUCCAUGGGGGACCAGGUAUUGCUGGAGAGCCAUGCCGAAAUUAUAGUUCCAGGCGCUCAAUGCCUAAGUCCCGCUGGCCGGCCGUUCGGGAGUUUAAGAUGGCCGCCAUCCAUUGUUCUCGCCACGUGCUCGUGUCCCGAAAUGGUGGCCACCCAGGAGCACUUAAUUAGCUUGUGGUUUCGUGCAAUAACACAGGAUUCUACAUUGUAAUUGCUACCCAGAGUGUUCCUCGUUCGGUAAAAUAGCUAUUUGACAAAUAGAAAGUAACGAAUGAACUAGUAAUAAAGGUAAUAAAUCCACGCACAAAGUAGCAGGGAGGGAAAGUACCGAAUGCAUGGAAGGUGAUUCUUCACAGAGGGGAAGAGUUUGUGUGUAAUUGUAUGGAGACCCCCUCCUGGGGGUGUGUAUAACUUAGCUGUAACUUGUCCCAUUAAAAAUAUGUUCCUGUUGUACCCUUCAUCAAAUUUAAUUUGCUAGCACUAUAUUGAACCCUGUAACUUUCCAAAACACCAUAAAACCUGUACAUGGGGGGUACUGUUUUACUCGGAAUACUUUGCUGAACUCAAAUAUUAGUGUUUCAAAACAGUAAAAUGUAUUACAACGAUGAUAUCAUCAGUGAAAAUGACAUUUUUUGCAUUUUUCACACACAAAUGGCACUUACACUGAUGAUAUUGCUGUGAUACGUUUUACUGUUUUGAAACACUAAUAUUAGUGUUCAGCGAAGUCUCUCGAGUAUAACAGUACCCUUAAUGUACAGAUUUUGUGGGUUUUUCAAAAGUUACAGAGUCAAAUAUAAGGCAUGCCUUUCAGUUUUUUUCACAUUGAAAUUCGCCAGGUUGGUUAUGUUGCCUUUGAGACCGUACGGUAGCUCAGGAAUGAAAAUUACUCCCAUGAUGGCAUACCAUUUGCAAUAGUAGACAACCAAAAGUAUUGCAAAUGGGGUAUGUUCAGUGUUUUUUAGUAGCCACUUAGUCACAAACACUGACCAAAAUUGGCGUUCAAAUUAGUUUUUUGCGUUUUUCACACACACAUAUUAACACUAACUUUGGCCAGUGUUUAUGACUAAGUGGCUACUAAAAAAGAAUGGACAUACCCCAUUUGCAAUACCUUGGGUUGUCUACUUUUGCAAAUGGUAUGCCAUCAUGGGGAUAGUUCUUAUUCCUGGCCUACCACACGGUCUCAAAGGCAACGUAACCAAUCUGGCGAAUUUCAAUGUGAAAAAACUGAAAAAAUGUAACAUGCUAUAUUUGAUCCUGUAACUUCCCAAAACACCAUAAAACCUGUACAUAGGUGGUACUGUUUUACACAUGAGACAUUGCUGAAUACAAAUAUUUGUAUAUUAUUGCAGUAAAAGAAAGCAAACAGUAUUAUGACACUCACAGUUAAAAUGUCACGUAGAACAAAAUUUUUUUUUUUCAUUCUUAUUUUUUCCCUUUUUUUAUAUUUUAUUCAUAUUAAGUUAUGUUUUAAUAAAUUAAAGCCCUGUUUCCCCUGAAUAAAAUGAUAUAUAAUAAGUGUGGGUGCACAUAAUAUGAAAGAGGAGAAUUACGCCUAAACAGACAUAUAGCGCAAAUUCCAGUUUUUGUUUACGUUUUGUUUUGAUCACAACGUGUACAUUUGGCUCAGUUCUUAAGGGGUUAAAUCUUCCAAAAAGGCGCAUUUCCUCUCUCCACCUGUGAUCUUCGUCAUAUCCAUUACACGUCUCUAGUUGGUGACGUAUUUCCGGCAUCUCCGAUCACAUGAUCGGAUAAAAUCCAUCAGUCUGGCAUAAAGCUCUUUAAAGUCCACUUCUAUUAAUGCGCAUGUGCAUAAAUUUGUAAGCAAAAUCGAACAUAAUCUAUAUUCCAAUGUAAAAGGAGCUUACAGGGUAUCUCCAUAAAAACAGCAAUUUUGGGGAGAUUCUUAUUAAGUCUCUAGAAUCCACAAUAAAAAAAAGUUUUAAAUUGGCUUGAUGGAUCAAUGACAAUUGAGAGGUGUGAAAUCUGGGUAUGAUUUAACAAAUAAUUGAUUAUCAAUCUAAUGCCAGAGAAGAAUAAGCCUAAUACUUUGUGUAUUCCCAUUUUUAGAUGGUAGCAACCGGAAUAUGUGGCAGUGAUGACCAUGCACUUGAGGGGAAACUAAAAGAAGUAACCUUUCCUAUCAUUCUUGGUCAUGAAGGAGUUGGUAUUGUAGAGAGCAUUGGAGAAGGAGUAAAAGGAUUUAAACCGGGUAAGACAGGUUUUUCAACACUAUGCAACUUUAUGCAUUUCUUACGCCAUGAUACUGCCAUGACAGGUUCAUUGUAAAGGGGCAAAUCUGUAUUUCUAAUGCUAUACUAUCAUUGCCUCUAUCUAUUUUGAUGUAUCACCUCUUUGUGAACUGGAAAUAAUACAGGUCAUUUUAUUUACUUUUUCUCAGUCCUGCCACAUGCUCCUCCUUGUCUGAUGUCAACUUAGAGGCGUGCCUCCAUGAUAACGGCCUAAACCACUACUCCUUUUAGAGAAGUUUUUGUGCUGACAUUGUUUUUAGAAACAUUUUAAACCUGGCAGCGGGUGUUGAAAACAUGGACAAGUUUUAUGUCCUAUGCAGUGCAGCAUUUGGCAGGGUUAUUCUUAUUAAUGUUGCCUAGCAUUUUGCAGAUUAGCGGUGGUUACUUUCAUAUUUUUCCAAUUCAUAAUAACAGAAGUUACAAGUGAUCAGCUCUGUCAAGUAAGAAAUCUAACUGACUUGUUAGAUAGUUUGAAAGUGAUAUCCAAUGAUUGUGCCAUAGUCACUGAACGCUCUCUGUGGCGUGGGCCAUUCUAAUGCGAAUAUUUGUCUAGGGAAUUUGUACAACUGUCAUCAACGGGUAUGUCAUUAUGCAAAUAAGACAAUAUCUCUACACUGGGCAUAUUUUAAUAUGUAACCAUUAUUUUAUUUUGUUAAAAAAGUUUAAUAUUUCAAAUCAUUAACAUGUAUUUUUGAUAUGCAUCUUUACUUUCCUGUACUUUUUGUUACACAAGUCCCAAGUUAUUUGGACUUAAAAAAUGGGGAUUUAAAUAAUUAGGAUAAAGUGAAAUUGACUAGAUCGCUGCCAUACUGAGACUCUUAAAGGUACACUUUAACUUUGGAAUACAAACAUGUAUUAAUAAAGUUAGAGUGUUUUUCUGUCUAUUUAGAUUGAAUCUAUGAUUAUCGGGAGAGUUUGGUACCUACAUACAGAGCAUGAAGACACUAGAAGUGCCCUCUAGUAACUGUCUGACUGACAACCAGUAGCGGUGGUCGUUUAAGUGAUUCUCUAGUGUAAGGAAAAUGUAAAUGGGUGGGGAAAUAGUAUUAAACUAGUGCAGGCAAGCCACUGUCAUGAGGUCACUCCAAAACCUCUAAAAAAAAAAAAGAAACAAGAUCCUGAAUCAUAAAUCAGGGAGCCACAGUCACAAGGUUACAUUCAAUCUGGAGAUUCCCAUGGAUAGAAGGGACAAUGGAUGUAAGAAAAAUAUCCACUUAAUUAAUAGUACAUUCAAAUAAAAUAAGCAAUAGUGCACAAGAAUGUGCAAAAUCGCAAUACAGUUAAAUUAUUAAAUAGUUAUAUUAAUAGUUAUGUUAAAAAGCCAAAUAAGCCAAGACAGCCCUUAUGGACAGCAGCUUCAACUAUACAGAUAACUGUGCAGAUUUUACAAAGUGCCAAUGCAAAAAAAACCUGCCAGAGUGCAAAAGUCACCAAAUGCCACUCUUCAAACACAAAUAAAAGUAUACUGACAGAAUCAAAGACUGCUGUACCACUAAUGCAGGGCUCUCGUAGCUGCUCAACGCAUUUCAUCGAUUAGACUUCUUCAGGAGAGAUCACUUCCGGGUUGCUCCACGUGGAGCCCGGCAGUUAGACAGAGCAUCAGAAGCCUUCAGGCAGGGGUCGAGGCACUCAGUAUAUGUACAAAAAAUAUAUAUAAUAAUAAUUUAAUUUUAAAAAAUUAACCCCUACCCACCCUCCCACUUCUUCCCUCUCCCAUGUACUUAUCGAUCACCGCUUUCCACCUGCCGGUGAUCGGUCUUCUUUCGGGGAAUUCUCUGGACUGAGCCAAGAGAGUCCCCCCUCUGCAAAAAAAGACCCCCAGGGGCCAUGUGACUGCUCUAAAAGAGCGGUCCCAUGGCCCCGAUAGGUGUCCAUAGUGCUGCCAGCAGGGGAACUGCCUGAACUGACAGGCAGUCCCCAUGUUGGUUGAAAAGUAAAAAUAAGGUUAAUAGAAGUUAAAAAAAAAAAAAAAGAAAAAAGAGAAAUAAAAAAAAAAUAUAUGUAGUGGAAAAUGAAUUCAUACUUACUGUAAUUUUCUUUUCCUGGCUAUUAUUCAUGGCAGCAUAUACAAAUGGGUUAGCUCCUCACCUUACAACCGAUAGGACAGGAAAACCACCGAGGUUUUAAAAGAAGGCUCCAUCCCUAAGGUCCUCAGUCAGUUUACAAGCUCUACAGUAUAUAAAUAGAGACAUCAGUGGGUGGGAAGUAUAUGAUGCCAGGAAUAAUAGCCCGGAAAAGAAAAUUACGGUAAGUAGGAAUACCACUAUCCUGGCUAAUACACAUGGGAAAUACCCAAGCUUACAAAGGGAGGGACAGAAUAGCCAAUAAAAUAAUCAGAAUAAUUCAACAUAGAUAGAAGAAUGAACUGAGUUAAGUACUUGAGUAUCAAAGUGUGCAUCAUAGACUGUUUUAACGAACAGUAUGAAAUGCCAAACGUGUCUAAAGAGGUUCAAAUGCUAGCUUACAAAAAGUGUCAGCAAAAACCAUUGCCAUGGAAAUUACGAUGCUGCAACAGCAUGAGAGGAGAGUGCCCUGAUACCCUCCAGCACAGGUAGAGAAUGGACGUGACGUCCAAAUUGUGCCUCAUUAAAUGCUGCAAUGUCCAAUAUGUAAUGCAGGACAAACUAGUUCAAAGAGGUCCAAAUGCCAACGUUACAAAGUUUCAGCAGAGACCAUUGCCAUGGAAGCCCACGAGACAUAACAGCACUAGUGGAGAAUGCCCCAAAAUCCUUUGGUACAGGUAGACAAUGGCAUUGAAAGGCUCUUACUUUAGGCAGGAUCUCUGGUGCUACAUGCAAGACAACCAUAUCCUGUUGAAAUUCAGUGAAUGGGGGUACACAGGAUCAAUCCUGGAGUUCACACAUUCACCCUGCUGAGGUACCAGCCACCAGCAACAGCAACGUCUGUGCUAACAUCAUAAAAGCUCCUGCUAGAGGUUCAAAUGAUGAUUUAGUCAGAGCCCAUGAGACCAGUGGUACGUCACAUAUUGGUUUCAACACCCUCAGCGGAGGCUUGAGUUCAAUUGUUGCUUACAUGAAGCAAAGCACCAGAUGCAUCAACGCUCAAUGGGUACCCUUCAGUACAGGUAGAGAAUGACAUAGAUAAGUAUUCAUCAUUGGCAGGAUCUUCAGGUGCCAAAUGCAAGUCGACCAUAUCUGUUGAAAAGUAGUGAAAGGGGGUUCACAGGAUCAAGCCUGGAGUUCACCCAUUUUCCUUGCUGGGGUACCAGCCACCAGCACUUUCUCUGCUACCACCAUGGAAGCUCCUUCUAGAGGUUCGAAUAAUGGUUUAGUCAGGGCCCGUGAGACCAGUGGUACGCCACAUAUUGGCUUCACCACACUCAGUGGAGGCAUGAUUUCAAUCAAUGCCUAUAUGAAGCAAAGUGCAGCUAAGUGCUCCUCUAGAGUGUAAUAAUACAGAACCUUUCAAGGCCUGAACGAGUAGUAAUUCCAACAGACAAAAGCAUGUCAAGCUUUGUAAAGCCUGUAUAGGAUUAUAAGAGGAUCUCAAUGACCGUCUCAGGGAUGCCUAUACUAAUAUGGACUCCUGCAUCAACACCAGAACUUGAGGAUCCUGGUGUGUCAAGGGGCAUUGUAAUAGGUCUGGAUGUACUGGAAUUUCCCUUGGAGGUUUCAGAAUCUUCUUAUUCAUCAUAGGAAUUAGAGUCGACGGGGUCUUCCACUGUCACCUUUUGCAUUAUCUUUUUUUGAGUCAGUGUAUACUGAACCUGAGCAUUCUGGUCCUAGCAUGUAGAAAAUACUUCUGGACCUGGUAGUUCCAAGAAAUGGCCAUCAGAUCUAUGUAGGGUAUCAGACAAAUCUGCGUAAACCCCGAGGAUACGUCGUUACAUGGUUGCCAAUCUACCUUGUCCACAGUUAUUCGGCUCAAGCACACGGCCAUUGUAUUCUAUGGACUGAAAUUCCAUCAAUACGUAUCUGUGAGACCCAUCUUGAUAGAUAAAGGAUACAGUUGCAUUGAUAUUUGAGCAAAUUUGGACCCACCCGUUCUUCAGCAAGCCUCUGAAGUGAAGAAGAGCCUUUAAAAUGUCUCGUAAUUCCAUACAAAUGAAUGGAAAUAUCGUGCAACAUGGUCCAAACACUGUACAACCAAUCUUAUAAAAACUGGAAUUCGAGCUAAUAAUUGACCAAAGAGGUUCUGUUUACUGGAAACUGAGAUCUAAUCCCUCUUUUCAGCUACCAGGUAAGGUGUAACUCCACUGAUGGGGACAUAGUUAGUGGCUGGCUCCAAUAAUCUUUCUCUUGUUAAACCAAGAUAGGAAGGAUCUGUGAGGAAUCCAGAGAUGCCAUUGGCCCAUCUGACAAGUCUGCUGGUGGAACCCAGGAUUCCUAGUAGCUGCAUCUAUUUUCUUGCUGUUACCAAGCAGAAAUUAAGAAACUGGGAGAAAAAAACCUUCACAAUCUGUGGAACUGUUCCUGAGAUAGGGAAAAGCAGAGCAUAGAAUUUUCCACUCGGGAAUGUCAACCACUGAGCUGGUGUGAAACUGCUUUCUUGAUAUUCAUCAAGCAGUCAAACUUUAGGAGUUAUGAAAGAACUAUAUACCUCUGUGUGCCUGCCUUCUGAGGGUCUAAGGCUAUCAGAAGUAGAGCCUCCAGAUAAUGGAACCAGGUGGAGUUCUGGACUCUCAAUAACAUUAUAAGCACAUAAAAAGAUUCUUGGGGCCGCAUUGAGGCCAAAUGGUAGGGCACUAACUUGGAAGUUCUCUUCUGAGCUAAUGCCGAAGAUCUCUGCAGAUUGGACUGAAAGUAAGCACCCUUGAGAUAUAUAGAGGUAAGGAAAUUAUCCUCCCAGAUUGCUUGAGAUAUGGAUCUGAUUGACUCCAUCCCAAAGACUCUGACAUUCAGCCUCUUGUUGGCCCCUCUUAGGUCCAGUGUAGGCUUCCAUGUGCUUUUCCUCUUAGCACCAGAAGAGAGGCAAAACUUGUCCCUGGAAUUGCUCUUGUUCGGGGACCUAAAAAAAAAAAAAAAAAAAUCACCUUUUUGGCCAGAAGGCUUCUUCCUUCAGUGCUUUACCUUUUGAUUCAUUGGUCUUAAUACUGCUGUUGGUAUGGAGACUCCUGUGCCUGAAGAAAAAACUCCAGUCUAUAUCAAUCUGGACUAUGGAUACCACUCAAGCCUCCAGAGAAUGAUGAGCCCAGGUAAAUGCGAUCAGAAAAAUUAGGCUCCUAGUACUGGAGGAGACAUGAUCAUUGCUGAAGAACAAAAUGACUGCUUAAUAGCUCCAUUAGAACCUUGAAAGGCAGGUUUACCAACUGCCAUGAGUUACCUCUGGAGUAUACCCUGCAGGGUCAGUAGCUCCAUGUAUCUCAGAAACACUGGUCACUGGAGGUUCUCCGGUCAGACUAUGAGAACUUCCGUCCUGAGGUACAAAUAUCUUGCAGCCCUCAUUCGCCUUUUCAAUGGAAUUAUCCAAAGGAUUCCCAAACAGCACCACCCCUUCAAAUAGAAUGGUGUAGAGGGCAGACUUUGAGGAUGAGUCAUCAUCCCAGAAACAGAACCAUAAUGCUUUCUUAGCUGCUAUAAAGACAUUUGAUCCAGAGAAUAUCCUAGUUACAUCUAGGGAAGUUUUCUGUGAAGAAGUCAGUUGUAAUCUGAAGACUUCAGACUGCCUUUUCAAUCUUGGCUUUUAAUAUCUCACUCCAUAGUAGCCUUUAGAUCUUAAAUCACAUAUUUCAUGUUUGUAGAAUCAGCAGCGGAUGUCACAGCUGGAUGGCCUCCUGCAAUGGUAGGUGUAAAAUUUUGGACAGGUCUGCGUCCACCUAUGUUCCAUAAGUUUGCAACUUAAGUGGUGUAGUUUUGGGGUUGGAAAUAACUUCCUCCACAGGGUAAAGCCUGGACUCUUUUCUUACCCCUAAGGCCUCUGGAACUGACUUUGUAAGCCCUGCCCGCAUGUCAUGUGGCUGCACAGUGAUAGGUCAUGCUGAAGUGACAACCUUCUGGAGGCAGUCAGUGCAUAACCAAUUCCUUCCACUGUUUUCUCCUCAUAACCAGAUCCUGGUGAAGAAUCAGACAUCUGACAAAUAAUAAUAACUAAAUAUUACCUGUGGUAAAGUAUUAGGUAAAAAAGUGCACUGUUAAAUUCUAUAAGAAACCAGUGAAAUAGCUUUAAAACAGGCUGAAGGCAGGCACUUAUCCAUGUUUGGAGACCCUGCAAAUACUUACCAAAUAAGUGCGGUAUGUUGACUGUAAUUUUCCCUUUAUUUUAUGAACUUUCUGGCAAUUGCCCUUAUCCAAGAUGGCUGCCACAACUUGUUUUCCCACAAUGCAAGUCAUCUGUAUUAGGCCCAUCAAGGCACAAACUGCACACAUGUGGGCCUAUUCUGCGUAUGUUUGCGGUUAGAGACCAGGGAGAGGACUCUGUCUGAAGCCUACAUGGCCCCUAAACACCCAGGGAACCGGGAAUAAAUCACUGGUACAGAGGGGAUGCAAAAUAGAUAACAAAAGUGCUUUCAAGGAAGUUUAACCCCUGAAGGACUGGACUGUUUUUGCGAUGUUGUACAUUUGCGACCAGGCAUAUUUUUACACUUUUGUGGUGGUUGUGUUUGGCUGUAAUUUUCCGUUCUCUCAUUUACUGUUCCCAUACAAAUUAUAUAUUGUUUUUUUCAGGACAAGAGGUGCUUUCUUUACAUACCAUUAUUUAUAUAAUCUCAUGUAUUUUAAUUUAAAAAAAAUAAAAAAAAUGAUGAAAAAUUGAAAAAAAUACAUGUUUUUUUACUUUUACUUGAAAAAUCUUUUACUCAUCUACAAAAGCGAAUGAAAAAAACUGCCAGAUAGAUUAAAAAGUUUGUCCUGAGUUUAAAAAUACCCAGUGUUUAUGUGCUUUUUUGCUUUUUUUUUGCAUGUUAUAGGGCUAUAGGUACAAGUAGGAUAUUGCGGUUUCAAAACAUACAUUUUUAAAAUUUAUCAAUAGUGACAUUGUAACACUAUUAUCGGUCAUAAAUCUCUGAAUAACACCCAACAUGUACAUAUUUUUUUUAAAGUAGACAACCCAGGGUAUUCAAUAUGGGGUAUGUCCAGUCUUUUUUAGUAGCCACUUAGUCGAAAACACUGGCCAAAGUAAGCAUUCAUAUUUGUUUGUGUGUGAAAAAAGUAAAAAAACUAAAUUGAGCGCUAAUUUUGGCCAGUGUUUGUGACCAAGUGGUUACUAAAAAAGACUGGACAUACCCCAUUUGCAAUACCUUGGGUUGUCUUCUUUUGCAAAUGGUAUGCCAUCAUGGGGGUAAUUCUCAUUCCUGGGCUACCAUACGCUCUCAAAGGCAACGUAACCAACCUGGCCAUUUUCAAUGUAAAAAUAUUUGACCCAUAUAUUUGACCUUGUAACUUUCAAAAAUGCUAUAAAACCUGUACAUGGGGGGUACUGUUUUACUCGGGAGGCAUGGCUGAACACAAAUAUUAGUGUUUAAAAACUGGAAAACGUAUCACAACAAUUAUAUCAUCAGUAAAAGUGCUGUUUGUGUGUGAAAAAUGCAAAAAAAGUCACUUUCACUGACAAUAUCAUCGCUGUGAUAUGUUUUACUGUUUUGAAUCACUAAUAUUUGUGUUCAGCGAAGUCUCCCGAGUAAAACAGUACCCCCCCAUGUACAGGUUUUAGGGUGUCGUAGAAUGUUACAGGGUAAAAUACAGUGCUAGCAAAUUAAAUUCUCUGGAAUUUUGGCCUGGUUUGGCAGGCAGGUCCCUCAAAUUGCAAUCAAUAAAAUUACUGAAUUAUGUAAAAAUAUUACAUAAAUACGCACAUAGAAUUUUAAUAUAUAUGCAUAUUUAUAUAUUUGAAGUCUACGUGUAUAUUUAUAUAAUUAUUUAUGUAAUUUUGUAUAUGGACAUAUGUAUAUUUUGUAUUAUUUUUAUUUAUUUAUAUAUACAUAGAUAUAUAUAUACAAAUUCAUUCUAAGUGUAUUUUGAUAUAAAUAUAUAUAUAUUAAUAUAUAUUAAGUUUAAAAUACAGUUAGAAUAAAAUUUCAUAUAGAUAUAAUUUUUUUAAAAUUUUUAUUAUUUAAAAACAUUUUUAUUUAAUUUAAAUUACUUAUUAUUUAUAUUUUAUAAUAAUAUAUAUAUAUAUAUACAAUAUAUAUAGUUAUUAUAUAUAUUAUAUAUAUAUAUACGUGUGUAAUUUAAUUAUAAGUGUAUUUUUAUAUUAAUAUAAGUACAUAUUAAUAUAAAAAUACACUUAGUAUGGCAUUAUAUAUAUAUAUAUGAUAUAUAGACAUAUAUUAUAUCUAUAUAAUAAUAUGUCUAUAUAUCAUAUAUACACAUAUAUAAUUUAUUUUUUAUUUUUUAUUAACACUAACUUUAUUUUUAUUUUUUAUUUUACACUAACAGGGAGACUGCCUGUCCGCACAGACAGUCCCCCUGCAGGCAGACACUAGGACUCCUAUUGUGACCAUGUGAUCGCUGUGUUAAGCGAUCACAUGGCCACAGGGGUCCUAAUUCAGUGUGGGGAGACUGUCUGGGCUGCAGGCAGUCUCCCCACACCGGAAGCCACGCUGAUCGCCGCCGGGGGAACGACGGCGAUCAGGUAAGUAACUCAGACCGUUAGGACGGUUCAGGACCGUCAUCGGUCGGCAACGCAAAAAUGCCGAUGACGGUCCUGAACCGUCCUCGGUCGUUAAGGGGUUAAAAGGCAACCAGGUGCAAAAAAUCAAAGUUUAAAGGCACCAUAGUCUAAAGGUCUCCAGGUAUAAAAGGUAAGUUUCCAAAAUGUAUCACAGUUUUUAAAAUAUAUCAGUCUUCAAACGCACUGCAGUCUGCCAAUGGACUGCAGUUUUCCAAAUGUACUGCGGUUUCCAAUGACUUGCGGUAUUACAUGCAACAAUAUUAAAUGCAAAUUUAAAUGAAACAGUUUUAAAUGCCACACAGCUAAAAUGCUUCCUAGUAAAAGCACAACCGCAUAAUGUACCACAAUCUUAAAAAUAAGGUACAGCUGUAUAAUGCACUAGUUUAAAGAUAUCAAAGCUUAAAUGCAUCACAGCAUAAAAGCAUAACUGCAUAAUGUACUACAGUAAAACAGCAAAUAAAGUAAUGAAGAUAAAACAACAUACAUGUCCAUAAGUAAAGGGAGCAAAUUGCUCACGUCCUAAGGGCUGUAGGACAGGAAAAAGACUGAGGACCUUAGGGAUGGAGCCUCCUUUUAAAACCUUGGUGGUUUUCCUGUGCUAUCAGCUGUAAGGGGCGGAGCUAACCUAUGUGUAUAUGCUGCCAUGACUAGCCAGGAAAUAUAUAUGGCACCAUGUGUGUGUAUAAUUAAUAAAUAUAUAUAUAUAUAUAUAUAUAUAUAUAUAUAUAUAUAUAUAUAUAUUUUAUAUAACGUCUCACUACAUGUAUUUUUUACAUAUAUUGAUAUAAAAAUACACUUAGAUUAAAAUUACACAUAUAUAUAUAUAUAUAUAUAACAUAUAUAAUAACUAUAUAUAUUAUGUUUAUAUAUAUUAUAAAAAAGAAAUAAUAAAUAUAAACUGUAAAAAUUAUUUUAAAAUAUAUAUAUGUAAUUUUAUUCUAACUGCAUUUUGAUAUUAAUAUAUUUAUAUCAAAAUGCACUCAUAAUGAUAUUAUUAUUAUUAUUAUUAUUAUUUAUAUAUAUAUUAUAUAUAUAUAUAUAUAUAUAUAUAUAUAUAUAUAUAAUAUAAAAGACAAAUUAAUCCUUGCACUCACGUAUUCCUUAACCUCUUAAGGACGGAGCCAAAUGUACACUUUGUUAACAAAACAAAAUGUAAACAAAACCUGGCAUUUGCGCUACAUGUCUGUCCAACCUAAUACACCUCUUUCAUAGUAAAUGCACCCACCCUUAUUAUAUAUCAUUUUAUUCAGGGGAAACAGGGCUUUCAUUUGAUAUCAAAUAUUUAGCUAUGAAACAUAAUUUAAUAUGAAAAAAAUGGGAGAAAAUACGAUUUUUUUUUAUUUUUUUAGUUCUACAUGACAUUUUAACGGUCAGUGUCAUUAUACUGUUUGCUUUUAGUGCAAUAAAAUACACAUAUUUGUAUUCAGUAAAGUCUCACGUGUAAGACAGUACCCCCUUUGUACAGGUUUUAUGGCGUUUUGGGAAGUUACAGGGUCAAAUAUAGCACGUUACAUUUGAAAUUGAAAUUCGCCAGAUUGGUUACGUUGCCUUUGGACUUUAUAGUAGCCCAGGAAUGAAAUUUACACCCAUAAUGGCAUACCAUUUGCAAUAGUAGACAACCCAAGGUAUUGCAAAUGGGGUAUGUCCAGUCUUUUUUAGUAGCCAUUUGGUCACAAACACUGGCCAAAGUUAGCGUUAGUAUUUGUUUGUGUGUGAAAAAUGCAAAAAACGCCAAUUUUGGCCAGUGUUUGUGACUAAGUGGCUACUAAAAAAGACUGGACAUACCCUGUUUGCAAUACCUUGGGUUGUCUACUAUUGCAAAUGGUAUGCCAUCAUAGGGGUCAUUUUCAUUCUUGGGCUACCAUAGGGUCUCAAAGGCAAUGUAACCAAUCUGGCGAAUUUUAAUGUGAAAAAAAUGAAACGCAAGCCUUAUAUUUGACGCUGUAAGUUUUGAAAACACCAUAAAACCUGUACAUGAGGGGUACUGUUGUACUCGGGAGACUUCGCUGAACACAAAUAUUUGUGUUUCAAAACAGUAAAAAGUAUCAUAGCAAUAAUAUUGUCCGUGUAAUGCUGUUUGUGCGUGAAAAAUGCAAAAAACGUCACUUUUACUGGCGAUAUCAUCAUUGUAAUACAUUUUACUGUUUUGAAACACUAAUAUUUGUGUUCAGCGAAGUCUCCCGAGUAGAACAGUACCCCCCAUGUACAGGUUUUUAUGGUGUCUCGGAAAGUUAUAGGGUUAAAUAUACUGCUAGCAAAUUAAAUUCCCUUUACUUUCGGCAUGGGUUGUCAGGCAGGUCCUGCUAAUUUUAAUUAUUAAGAUACCUAAUUAUGUAAAAAUAAUACAUAAAUAUAUAUGUAGAAUUAAUAUAUGUAUAUAUAUACGUAUGUGUAUAUAUAUGUAUAUAUCUAUAUAAUUUAAAAAAAAUAUUUUUAUUUAUAUAUAGGUAUAUAUAUAGUGAUAUAUACGUAUAUAUUUAUGUAUAUAGAUAUAUAUAUUAUUUUGUUCUACGUGUAUUUUGAUAUAUAUAUAUAUAUAUUAAUUUCACAAUACAGUUAGAACGAAAUAACAUACAUCUAUAUAUUUUUUAAUUAUUUAUUUUUAAUUAUUUUUUUAAUUUUAUUUUUUAACGUAUUUACAUUUUAAUUUUUUUUAUAAUAUAUAUAAAUAUAUAUAUAACAAUAAUUAUAUAUAUAUAUUUAAUCAGUAUCAGUCUACGUGUAAUUUGAUAUAUAUAUAUAUAUAUAUAUAUAUAUAUAUAAUUAUAUAUAUAUUAAUAGUAAAAUACACCUAGACGGUGUACAUGUGUGUAUGUAUAUGUCUAUAUAUAUAUACUUAGAUCAUAUAUAUAUAUAUAUGAUCUAAGUAUAUAUAAUUUUUUUUUACACCAUUUAUUUGUUUUAAUUUUAUUUUCAGCCAGCAGGGGGACCACCUGUAAUUACAGGCAGCCCCCCUGCUGGCAAUGCAGAAGCCAGCUAUCCCCGGCCAUGUGAUUGUGGGGUCCUCGCUAGGACCCCACUCUCACACGGCCGGGGGACUUCCUGGAGGACGGACGUGCCGCGGGGGGCUCCCUGGGAGUCCCCCCCACCGUGAUCGCUGGCGUGGGACCGGCGGCGACCGGGUAAGUACCGAAAGACCGGAGGGCGUACUAUUACGCCAGGCGGCAUUUAGAGCCGCCUAUUAGAGGGCGUAAUAGUACGCCCUCCGGUCUGAAGGGGUUAAGUAUUGCCUGGUGCAUGAGCCAGCGGACAAGCAUGCCAUAGAAACCACAAAGAUGAUGGCUGCACUCCUCGGACUUCUUAAAAUUCAAAAUACUUUAUUGUAAAUCCAAUAAAAUUAUCAACGUUUCAGCCCCUAUCUGGGCUUUCCUCAGGAUCAAAAAAACAACACUACCGCAAUACCAAUACUAACAAUUACUUAUAUAUCAUAAAAGGAGAUUGAAAGACUUACCACAGCUGAUGCCCGUGCCCGCCCGGCGUCCCAAUGAACACUGUGUGCAUGCAAUGCUUAAACUGAGCGGCAAGCUGCUGGUAGGCGGAUGUGGUUUCAGUGGGCGGGUCUUUCACCCGCAGCUUGUCGCUCAGUUUAAGCAUUGCCUGGUAAGCAAGGCAACAUUUCCUGGAUUACAAUUAUCCCCUUUGAUUACAUAGGUACACGCAUGCGCACAGUGUUCAUUGGGACGCCGGGCGGGCGCAGGCAUCAGCUGUGGUAAGUCUUUCAAUCAUCUUUUAUGAUAUAUAAGUAAUUGUUAGUAUUGGUAUUGCGGUAGUGUUGUUUUUUUGAUCCUGAGGAAAGCCCAGAUAGGGGCUGAAACGUUGAUCAUUUUAAUGGUUUUACAAAAAAGUAUUUUGAAUUUUAAGAAGUCCGAGGAGUGCAGCCAUCAUCUUUUGUGGUGUGUGUGUGUGUGUGUGUGUGUGUGUGUAUAUAUAUAUAUAUAUAUAUAUUCUAUCAAUGUAUAUACCCUUAACGACCGUGGACGUACUAUGUACGUUCGACAUAAAAAACGGUCGUCAAGGACCGCGGACGUACCUAGUAUGACAGUGGCAAAUAGGAGCCCCUACCUGGACCGGCGAUCACGGUCAGGGGGGGACUGCCGGAGACCCCAGCAGUCCCCUUGUAGCAGCUCCGGCCACCCUGACCAUCCAGGGCCAUGUGAUCACCAUUAUCACAUCGCCGCAAUAGGAGUCUAGGAGCUGCCAGCAGGGGGACUGUCUGAGCUGUCAGACAGUCCCCUAGGCUGCUAAAAAGUAAAAAAAUAUAUAAAUGUAACGGAUCACCUGGCACCCCGACUGGGUACCUCUGUUGAAGGAUGCUCCUAGCGCUUCCUGAGGACUCCAAGCACUGCAGCAGACACCACAACCACCGAACCAGAGAAGCAUAUGAAUGCUCUCAAGCAUGUGAAUGUUGUAUACAGCCGAAUAGGAAAAACCAUGCGAAUAGGUUUACACUCCUAGCAGUCAAACUGGAACAGCAUACAAUAAAUCCUCCCCCAAUAAUGAGACGACACUUCACUUUGAGGGUCAAGCAGGAACUGACUGUACUGGCACAUACAGCCUCUUUUAUUCCCAAUCCACAAACUAAGUACUGCCCACAGGGUUAUACAGAACAACCAAUAACACGUACAAUACACUCAGACACUCCCACACAAAAUCAUCCCCGCUGCCUGUGUAAUCUAAUUAUCACAGACAGAGAAAUACAGUUUCAUAAAACACAUCACAGGGACCACAAAACAUGCAAUAACCCCAUAAAAAGUAUAUUCUUAGAACCGAGGGAUCUGGGUGAACCACAUAUCCAAAAUUCACCCAGAUCCGUUCAGUACUUUGGAAGAUACAGUUUAAUGCAGAUUUUACAGAACAUAUGCAGGUUAUAUGAAAAACAAUUACUGUAUAGGGUGUCCCCUGUUGUAUAGUCCAAAACCACUGCACGAUGUCUCUGUGCACCAAAUACUGGCGAGAUGGCACCGUGUUGAAAAGUCCAAACAGUGUCUGUGAGUUAAAAUGGCCGCCCUCCAUUGUUCUCACCAUGUGCUUCUGAUACAGGAAAUGGUGGCCACCCAGUAACUCCACAGUAUGUCCCCAGAUGGUUCUUCAAGGGCCAGCAGCAGCACAACACAAAUCCAUUAUGCCCAAAUCAUAUCUUUAAAGGGCAAUACAUCCCAGGGGCCAUAGUCACAUGGCAGGAGGCUGGCAAUCAGUCUUCUCAAAUGCCCAGUGGCGAGGUCGGUUUCUCCCCUUUCCCAAAAAGACUAACAAGGUAUCUGACCUCCUGUCGGUCAGUGCCUUGGUUAGUCCAGCAACCCACCCACAAAACAGAAUCCGCAGUAUAACCCACCCACGAAAAUUGGUUACUACACCUGGAGUAGUGGGUCGCAUGUCCAGGUCCGGGAGCUCCAUCUUGGGUCUGGGGGGUACUAGCACUCUGGAUCGAUGGGUUGCGGGGUGGGCAGAGACCAGCGGUACUCUGCCCUGGUGCCAGCGCUACCACGGGAGUAGCCUGGUUGGAGCCCAGGUGAGGGAACGGCGUAGUAGGCUCCUCACUCCAGACCUGGGUCUGCUGCUGGAGGGGAAGACAGGCUGUCUCCCCUUUGGAUAAACAGCGCUGCUGCAGGGGGACAGGACCGACUGUCCCUACACCCUGUGGUUUGGGCACAGAGACCAUGGUCCCAUCUGCACCGGUGUGGGGCUUAUCAUCUCCCCUUGGUGGGCUAGGCUGCUGCUGGGGAGGGGGAACGAGACUCUCCCCUCCUGGUAGAAUACUCUGCCGCUGGGGAGCAGGACCGACUGUCCGUACUCCCUGUAGCUUGGGCGCAGAGACCAUGGUCCCAUCUGCGCUGGUGGGGAACUUAGUGUCUCCCCUUGGUGGGCUAAGCUGCCGCUGGGGAGAGGGGGUAACAAGCUUCUCUCCCUUACACACUUUCAGCCGCUGGGGAGGGGAGACACUGCUCUCCACUCCCUGUAUUUCACACUGCUGCUGGGGAAAGGAGACACUGCUCUCUAUUCCCUGAAAGUCACAGUGCCGCUGGAUAUCUGAGCCGACCGCCCAGCAUCCCUGUAGCUCACCCUGCCGCUGGGGAGGGAGGACGCUGCUCUCCACUCCCUGCACUUCACACUGCCGCUGGGGAAAGGAGACACGGCUCUAUAUUUCCUGAAAAUCAAUCUGCCGCUGGGGAUCUGGGCUGACCGCCCAGCAUCCCUGUAGCUCACCCUGCCGCUGGGGAGGAAGGACGCUACUCUCCUCUCCCUGCAAGGUAAACUACCCCUGGGGAGGGGAGACAAUGCUCUCCACUCCCUGCACUUCACACUGCCGCUGGGGGUCUGGGCCAACUGCCCAGCAUCCCUGUAGAGCCGGUAGAGAGACAGCCGUCCCAUCUCCACCUGCCAUCUGUGGGUCUCUACAGAACCAGUCCAUGAGGUCCCCUACUUCUGCAACUGGUAGUGAAGCAGGGGGUACCUCGGCUGCGUUUUCCCAGCUGUAGGUUGGCAGGUCUGGGUCCGCCACCCAGUUUUCCUGUUCUGCGUCCAUGCUCUGCGGCUGACAUGAGUUCAGUAGUUCCACAUAGUCCAUCUCUAGCUCUCGUUCCAUGGCAGCGAAACGGCGGAGGUCUUGUCCCAGUCCAAUAGAUCUCGGGCCCUGUACCAUCUCACCCCGGUAAUGAAAGAUAGCCCAGUACCGUGACUCUGCUGGACUGCCAAAGUCGACGUCUUCUGCUAAGGCCUUCCACAACAGGCCAGGGCUAAUGUAGUUCUCCCCCUCUGGCUGGAUGCCCUCUGCCCUCCAUGUCUCUGGCUGGACAGUGCACCACCACAGUGCCCGGUAUGAGGCGUCAAGGCUCAGUUCCCUUUCCACGAGGUACUCAAGUUUUCUGACCUGAUGCCCUCCGGGUUGGUCUCCCAGA